UAUCACUGAGAAAGCUCCCUGAUCUCACUGAUAACAGAGACACAUAUACAGUUUUUAAAUCAACAAAGCUUUUCUAAAGAUAUGGAUUACAUCUCUGGAAGAAUUAAGAUGAUUUAUGUCAUUUCUCAUCACUUUUCUACACCUGGCAGAGAAACCAUUACAGUCUUCUACACAACUAACUUUGUCAGUUUUAUAUUAGUUUCUACACGGUUAAAUGAACACGAGGCUUUUCAAUAAUAGUUAUUAACAAAUGUAUUUGAAACAGAACUGAAACAUGUUAUUUAUCUACAGUGAAUCUCUGUAUGUAUGUUAAUGUCAGACAAACAGACAUAUCAUACCAACCACAGUGGACACAAACUCAAAUCCUCAUCUCCACUCCUGAUAUAAAUAUGUUCUUCCAUUCAGAUGAUAGACGGUGUAAAUCCAGACAGUGUUCCUCCUGGUUUCGUGUCCCACGUUGCCUUCAGUGUGCUGAGAGCAGAGACAUCAUUUCCAUAGAGAGGAGGCUUUGCAUGGUCAGCUGAUCCUCCAGUGAACUGAGAAGGUUUAUAGUCCUGUGAGUUCAACACUGCAGGACUCACAUGUGUCAGUCAGCAGAAAGCACCAUGACUCUCAUCACCAUCCUCAUCUGGACGCUGGCCUGCUGCUGUUUCACAGGAUGCAGCGGUCAGACUGUGACUGUGACUCAGCCUGCAGUCGAGACGUCUGCUCCAGGAUCCACCGUCACUCUCACCUGUAAAGCCAGCACAGAUGUUGCCGGUAAUAAUUAUAUGUUCUGGUAUCAACAGAAAUCUGGACAGCCUCCAAAGCUCCUGAUAAAACUUGCGAGCACACUAUUAUCAGGAACAGAACCUCGGUUUAGUGGCAGUGGAAGCGGCUCUGACUUCUCUAUGACCAUCACUGGACUGAAGGCUGAAGAUGCAGCAGUUUAUUACUGUCAGAGUUACCACAGUGGCCCAGUGUUCACUUUUGGUGGAGGAACCAAACUCAUCGUUGACUUGGGUGUGCAGCAGCCCACCCUGAGCGUCCUCCCCCCCUCUGGAGAGGAGCUGCAGCAGGGCAGUGCCACCGUGGUGUGUCUGGCCAGCGGGGGCUUCCCCUCCGCCUGGAAGCUGGGCUGGAAGCUGGGGGGCAGCAGCAGCUCCUCAGGGGGGUCCCACAGCCCGGAGGUCCUGGGGAGCGACGGCCGCUACAGCUGGAGCAGCACCCUGAGCCUCUCUGCAGAGAGCUGGAGGGGGGCGGGCUCAGUGAGCUGUGAGGCCAGUCUGAGUGGACAGAGCCCUGUCACUCAAAGCCUGGACCCUGCCCGCUGCUCGGAGUAGAGCAUCACUUCCUGUCUGGAGAGGAAGCAGCUGCUUUGCUAGAGAUCUUCAUGAAGACACACAUCUCCUCUGCUCACAUGUUGCUGCUGUCUCUGCUCAGUUGUUAGUGUUGCUCUCUAAUCCUCACUUCCUGCAUAUUCUCCUGUUUGUUCAUCAGCUCACAAUUCAACUGGAUUUCAUUUGUUUCACUCCAACAGAAACUCAUCAUUCAUCUCAAAUGUGGCGUGAGCUUUAAACCAUCAUUAAAUAAAAAUGUUGAUUAAAAUGA